CCGGCCGUCUGAGCGCGGCGAUCCAGGCCCGGGCCGGGAGGGCCGGGCGGAGUCAGCGCCGCAGAGGGAGCGGCGCACCCGGGGGAUCGCGGGCACCGUCGCCCCGGGUCCAGGUUCCCAACAAGGCUACCCAGAGAAGCCCCAACGAAGGUCAUGGAGGGGGGCCCAGCUGUCUGCUGCCAGGACCCUCGAGCAGAGCUGGUGGAGCGGGUGGCAGCCAUCAGUGUGACCCACUUGAAAGAGGAAGAUGGAAGCCCAGAGCCUCCCAGGAAUGGCGUGGAUCCUCGGCCCCGGGCCAGAGCGGCCUCUGUGAUCCCCGGCAGUGCUUCAAGGCUCCCCCCAGCACGACCCAGUCUCUCAGCUAGAAAGUUCUCCUUGCAGGAAAGGCCAGCAGGAAGCUGCCUGGAGACCAAGGCUGGGCCUUAUGCCACAGGCCCUGCCAGCCACAUCUCUCCUCGUGCCUGGCGGAGACCUACCAUCGAAUCCCAUCAUGUGGCCAUCUCAGACACAGAGGACUGUGUGCAACUCAACCAGUACAAACUGCAGAGUGAGAUUGGCAAGGGUGCCUACGGUGUGGUGAGGCUGGCCUACAAUGAAAGUGAAGACAGACACUACGCAAUGAAAGUUCUUUCCAAAAAGAAGCUACUGAAGCAGUAUGGCUUUCCUCGUCGCCCUCCCCCAAGAGGUUCCCAGGCUGCACAGGGAGUACCAGCCAAGCAGCUGCUGCCCCUGGAGCGGGUGUACCAGGAGAUUGCCAUCCUGAAGAAGCUGGACCAUGUGAAUGUGGUCAAGCUGAUUGAGGUCCUGGAUGACCCAGCCGAGGACAAUCUCUAUUUGGUGUUUGACCUCCUGAGAAAGGGGCCUGUCAUGGAAGUGCCCUGCGACCAGCCCUUCCCUGAGGAGCAAGCUCGCCUCUACCUGCGGGACAUCAUCUUGGGCCUUGAGUACUUGCACUGCCAGAAGAUUGUACACAGGGACAUUAAACCAUCCAACCUGCUCCUGGGAGAUGAUGGGCACGUGAAGAUCGCUGACUUCGGUGUCAGCAACCAGUUUGAAGGGAAUGAUGCUCAGCUGUCCAGCACGGCAGGGACUCCAGCAUUCAUGGCCCCCGAAGCCAUUUCUGAUUCCGGCCAGAGCUUCAGUGGGAAGGCCUUGGAUGUGUGGGCAGCUGGAGUUACUCUGUACUGCUUUGUUUAUGGGAAGUGCCCAUUCAUCGAUGAGUACAUCCUGGCCCUACACAAGAAGAUCAAGAAUGAGCCUGUGGUUUUCCCAGAGGAACCUGAGGUCAGUGAGGAGCUCAAGGACUUGAUCCUGAAGAUGCUGGACAAGAAUCCUGAAACAAGAAUUGGAGUGUCUGAUAUCAAGUUGCACCCCUGGGUAACCAAGCAUGGGGAGGAGCCCCUUCCCUCAGAGGAAGAGCACUGCAGCGUGGUGGAGGUGACUGAGGAGGAAGUAAAGAACUCAGUCAAGCUCAUCCCUAGCUGGACCACAGUGAUCCUGGUCAAGUCUAUGCUGAGAAAGCGUUCCUUUGGGAAUCCAUUUGAGCCCCAGGCGCGCAGGGAAGAGCGUUCCAUGUCUGCUCCGGGGAACUUAGUGACGAAAGAAGGGUGUGGUGAAGGGGGCAAAAGCCCAGAACUCCCUGGCGUCCAGGAAGACGAGGCUGCAUCCUGAGCCCCUGCAUGUGCCCAGGGCCGCCGGCAGCAUGCUCAUCCCACACCUCCAGAGGCCCACUGCCCUCAUGCAACAGCUGCCUCUGCAGGCAGGGGGCUGGGGACCGUGGCCCCCUCCCUGGCCCCCUUCCUUGUUGUGCUGCAUGACCUGUGCACAGGCAUGUUCAGGGACAGAACUGGAAUGUGUGCCAUCGGCCAUGUGGGGGACAGGGCUCCUAAGGGGCCUUCCUUCUGGUCCUGGCUCUCCCUGACCUAAGCCAUCCUGUGGGGAACCCAGGCUCAGAGCAGGAGGUAGGAGACCAAGAUGGCAGGUGGAGUCCUGGCUUAACUACACUCUGAGACCUCCAUGGCUGGGUGGGUCUGGCUCAGCUUCCAUACGGCACGGAGGAGUCUGCUCUGCCCUGCGCUCAGAGGUACGCGAGCUCCCUUCCACGCAGAAUGCUGUUAUGAAGGCUCUGACCUCUAUAAUGUAUGCCUGGACCUCACCAGGGAGAAGGCCAGAAUUGGAGAUGAAAUUCAGAUUCCAUUUUUCCUGCUGUCUUUUAUUUUUGUUUUUAACAUGGGGCCUGGAGGGAGAAGGCGUCUGUGGCGCUUCCCACCACUGGGCGUGAUUUCCAGCAUACCCAUCAUUUGGCAGCCAGGUGGUCUGGCUUGCCCUUCCUGGAUGGUGUUUUGUAUCCAGCACCAUUCAGAAAAUGGCCUGGACGGAAUCAAGCUUGGAAUCCUGGCCAGAACCAGGAGCAGCUCCCCUUCCUACCCACUGUACUCCCUCACAAGGCUCCCAGAGCAAAGGCUGCAGAAGUGGCAUCAGGGUGACAUGGACUGAGGGCUCCCAGAGCUGUGGCCUUGCAAAUGUGGGAUUAACUGGAAUCCUCUAAUGCUUCACUAGCCUGCCUGUCACCUUCCUCGGAUGAAGUAUAAACCAUUUCAAUGGGAGCCUCGCCAAACAAGGGACCCUGCCCAAUGUGUCCUCUGUCAGGCCAGCCCAUCACUUUGCCAGCCACCUCCUCUCUAGGACUGUGGACAGUAAGCCUGCCUGGUGUGGGAGAGAGGGCACCCAUGUGGACAUGUCCCUCCAGCAGGUUUUGUCUUCUCACUGAGCUGCUUGGCCUGCAUGAUGUUUACUGACUAAACACAGAGGUUGAUCUCUAAAGGGAAAAUGACCACAAGACUCAGGUUUCACCCCUGAAAAUGUGGGCCACAAAAGGGAUUUCCACUGCCUGGGUGGGUUUCAUAUUUAUGGGAGGGCUUGCUAGGAAGUGGGGGAGGCUGAGAAGGUGCAAAGGGGCUGAGCCAUGUCCUGCCAUGUCUCUUUGCUCCUGUGGGAAAAUGUCAUACCUCCAUGCACACAUGCGUGUACAUCCAUCUGCUGCAUACAACACAGCACACUCGCAUGUCCUACAUCGGCACCUGCAUCUGUAACAUAAUUUCUAUGUCUAUGUAAGGCUGGGAGCAGAAGAUGGCCCAUUAUCAACAGGCUCCCAUUUCUCUCCAACUCCUCUGCACUAAGCCAGCCAGUGUGACCAGGGCUUAAUACAAAAUAACAAUACAAUACUAUCUUUAGAAACACUGUUAUAGAGUUAAUGGGAGGCAAGUUAAAAGCCAAUUACUGACAACAAAGUUUUCUUGAGCAUCUCUGUGCUCAUAGUGGGAGGGUCCAGGGUUUCGGGAAGCAUCCGGGAUUGGACGUGUUUGGAAGAAAGCGUGGAGGUGGGUGGCUUGCUGGCAUUACUGUACCCGGAAGAGUCAGCAUGCCAUGGGGGUUCUUACCCAUUGCUGGGUGUUUGCGUUGGCAUCAUCGUUGCUUAAUGUAGCACAAUUGAACAAACUCUAUAAGAGUGUUUUAAAAAUUAACUUCCCAGGAAGUGAGUU